UACAGAGCGCCAUGUUUGUCGCGGCUGUGAAGCAACACACAACGGCAUACAAGAUCGGGCUGCAAUUCGGCGAUCAAUUACUGUCUGUGAACGAUCAAGAUGUGGCAAACGUUUAUCCGGAAGUCCUCAUGCAAUACCUGCAAGACUGCUCGAGUGUCUCCCUGAACCUGUGUGAACAACCCCUCUCACGCGUGUUUAUUCUUAAACGCGAUACUUCACGGACCCCCUGGGGGUUUGCGUUUAAGAAUCGCUGCGUGGCCAGUUUUAAACCAGACACACCUGCUGAACGGGCUGAACUUCCGGUGGGUUGGGGCAUUGUAUGUCUGAACGGAGAGAAUGUGCUGAUGAAGCCAGCCAAGGAUGUCGUCAAGCUGAUAUCGGAAGGAGGUUACACCGGCAUAAACAACUCCUGUCUGUUGGAGAUGACCAUGAUGCCCAAAGAAGCCAUGUUAGAGUUUAAGAUUAUGCUGACGUCAUUAAUCGAGGAUACCGUCAACCCACACGAGAGGGUGCUGUUAGACGCCAAUGCUCUCACAUCAACCAAUCGGGGACUAGAGCAUGGCACCUCUUAGUCUCUGGCUAUGACUACCAUUCACAUCACGUGUGGUGUCAAGGGAAAAAGUUAGCAUGCGUCGUAGGGCUGUAGAUAGGGUUGCUUCUUACCUGUCGUGUAUGUCUAUAUGAGUAUGCGUACAUAAAAGUAUAUAUGAGAG